UAUAUAUGUAUAUGGUUAUUUUGAAUGUUGGAUAUUGGAUCAUAGAUCAAAAAAGAAAUGGAGACAUUACAAAGUAAGCUAUUCGAAGCAGCAUCAAAAGGGCAUAAGCUGCUAAAAGAUGAUCCGCUAAUUCUCGAUAGAAUUUCGGUCAAUUGUUUCUCCGAAACUCCAUUGCAUGUAGCAGAAUUGUUAGGCCAUGUCGAUUUCGUGAAGGAAAUCAUAAAAGCAAAACCUGAGCUCACAAGUGAGUUGAAUUUCCAGCACUCGUCUCCUCUUCAUUUAGCUUCAGCUAAAGGCCAUGUUGAUGUGGUCAAAGCCCUGUUAUCGGUUGACCAUCGAACAUGCGUAGCUCGUGACAGAAAUGGGCUAACCCCUGUUCAUCUAGCAGCACUGAAAGGCCAUGUUGAAGUCAUGAAAAUGCUGCUCCGAGCAAAGCCUGAAGCAGCACAAGUGACGGUGCAUAGAGAAGAAAACAUCCUUCAUUUGUGUGUCAAACACUACCAACUAGAGUCUCUAAAGCUCUUGAUGAAGACUACUUUAGGCCAUCCUCGGUUCGUAAACUCUAAAGAUGGUGAUGGAAGCUGUCGCAGACAAACGAUCAACUUCUUGGUGAGUGUGCCUGCAUUUGAGGUGAAUGCGCUGAAUCUUAACGGGAUGACAGCUGUGGACAUUUUGACUCAAAGCCGAAGAGAUGUUAGGGAUUUAGAAAUCGAAGAGUCCCUCAAAAAAGCUGGUGCCAUUGGAAAUUUAGAGAUUAAUAAUAACAAGACAACAACUCGAGCCUUUCCUUCAUCGACAAAUGUGAAGAAGAAAAACAAGCAACAAGAUCAUGAUUGGCUGGAGAGAAAGAAGAGUGCAUUGAUGAUUGUGGCUUCACUGCUUGCAACAAUGGCAUUUCAAGUUGGAGUAAACCCGCCAGGCGGAGUAUGGCAAGAGGAUAAACUAGUUGAGCCUGGAGAUCCCACGUUUGAACCUCAAUAUGCGGGAUAUUCUAUAAUGUCGCGUAACUUUCCAGAUUUUUACUCGAUAUUUUAUAUGUAUAACACAAUAGGAUUCAUUGCCUCUCUCAGCAUUAUAUUGCUUUUGAUGAGUGGAUUGCCGAUAAGGCACAGGUUUUUUAUGUGGGUGCUAAUGGUGACCACGUGGAUUGCAAUCACAGCAACUGCGAUAGUUUACUUAGACUCGGUAGUAAUGCUGACACCGUUAGAUGGAACAUUUGCUAGUUUGAUAAUAUACACUAUAUAUGUGUGGGUCUCCCUGAUGGGUCUCCUCUUGGUUGGACAUACGAUUCGUUUGGUGUUGAAGAUAGUUAGAAAGUUGAGGAGGAGGCUAACGAAAAUUCAUACACCAACUUCAUCUGUUGUUCGUCUCGAUAACGAUGGCGUUUAA